UGUGCUGGAAUCUGACACAUUCAUGUGCAUUAUUAUCAGUAGUGUGUUAACUGACUAGUGCUGCAGUGCUAGUUAGUGCUCAGACUCAGUACGUGAUGGGUCUCUCUGUUCUGACUGUGGUUUGUUUCUCUUUAGGCCUCACAGCAGCUGCUUCUCCGUCCGAGCUGAAGCACAGCGGCUGUAUUAAAGUGAAUCGGUGUAAAUGUCUGAUGCGGGACGGGUCAGGCCUCAUCGAUCUGGUCUCAGUGGCGGACGACGAUGGGUUCAUCCAGCGACUCAAACCCCUGCCAUCAGCGGUGGGAAACACAGAUGUGCUGCUGUCCUUCAGCCCGUGUCUGCCCUUCUCACAGCCCGAGGACUUCAGCAUCAGCGACUGCAUCGAUGUGGCUGAUUGUGUCAAUAUACGGAUUCAUCAGGACAACAGGGUCAUCAAUCAGUACGUGAACUAUGGCAGACAUGAGGGCAAUAAAUUCAGCUAUAAUGAAUCAAAGAAAACUCUCACGGUGUCUUACUCUGUGUUUCCUGACAGCGAGCCUCAAACUGUGGUUCAUUACCAGUGCAGCCCGAAUCACUCCAUCACUCACAGCCAGAGCUUCAGUGCAGACAGACCCCUGCAGAUUUGGGUGGAGAGUCCCUGUGUGUGUCCGAACGCAUGUGAGCUGGUGGACGUGGGCCCUGGGACCAUCUUCCUCAUCAUCCUCUGCCUCAGUGUGACCGCUUACUUCAUCAUAGGAUCAUGUGCACUUCGGCCGUUCAGGACUAGUAAUGGUGUUCAGAUUGCUCCAGAAGACAGUGUUUGGUGCAUGAUCUGCUAUCAGCUCAGCGAGCGGCCAGACGACUGCAGGCGGAAGAGGAACUACUCGCUGACCGACACGCUGUGAACAUUACAUCAAUCUCUAGUUCAUAAACUCCAAAUGCAUAUGUUACGAAACCCACCCUUAAAUAAACCCUCCCCAGUACAACUCAUGCUUGUUUAAAUAGAAAUCCCCAAGAUUUAUUGAUGGCUUCACAAAGUAUGUCACACACAGGACGCUUUACUC